CCUUGAACCUGACAACAACCGUCACUACCCAUCACCAUGCAGGCCUGUCUUUGCAUUGUCGUGUUUGGAACAGUCCUUUUGGCCUCAACAGACGCUGGGUACUACAAGCGCCCUCCUCCUCCCAGCAAGUUGCACUACCUUCCCAAACCACCUCACCAUCUUUACAACAAACCAAACUUUCACUCCUAUCGUCCCGCACCCAUCCACGCCCCUCGCAACCCCAUCAGACCUCCUCCUCGUCCUUACAUACACAAGCCGACUCCACCUUCGCCUCCACCCUUUCCGCCAGUCUCUUGGAAGUCUCACAACAACUUCCGGGCCCCAGUGGUAAAGGAGCAGUUCCUUUCUUCUCCUCUAUCUUUCACGCCCGAGGUCACACAGCAUUUCCUUCAGGAUGAUGAUAAAGGACCCAUCCACACCAUUCCGGCACCCAACCUGAGCCCGGCAGACAAGCCACCUAACUUUGACCAAGAGCAGCACAACCCAGCACUGAAUGCUGUGCUCAAGCAUGCGGCUGAAGCAGUCAGAGCCAAACCUACCACAUACCAGGGCCAGGUGGCUGUGGUGAUGGUAGUAAGUCAGCUGGGUCGCUGA